AUGGAUUUCGUUAGAAAGAUGGUGUCAAAGAAGAAGAGGAGAUUCGAAUGGGGAAACUUUGAUUUGGAUCUAACUUAUAUCACCGAUAGAAUCAUUGCUAUGGGGUUCCCGUCAGAGUCCAUAGAGGGUUUAUACCGAAACAAUAUGAAAGAUGUCCAAAGAUUCUUUAAUACUCUUCAUCCUAGUCAUUAUAAAGUUAUUAAUUUCGAGUAUCCCUUCGAUGAUCAUAAUCCACCACCAUUGGAUGUCAUUUCUAAAUUCUGUAUGGAUGUUGAAGAUUGGUUAGAAAGAGAUCCAGAGAAUGUUGUUGCUAUACAUUGCAAAGCUGGAAAGGGACGCACGGGUACAAUGAUUGCAUGUUGGCUGUUGUACAGUAGAACAUGUCAGACUGGAUCAGAGGCAAUCAGAAUGUUUGGUAACAAGAGAACACAUAAUGGUAAGGGUAUCACCAUCCCAUCACAAGCUCGCUACGUUAGAUACUUUGAAGCAUUGUUGCAGUACGGACGACCCGUCCAACAAGCACCCAACAACAUCACAAAAAUAUUAUCAUCUAUCCGUUUAAAUCCACUUCCAAACUUUAACAUUUCCGGUGGAUGUGAACCAUUCAUUAGUAUUGGUCAAAAAGAUAAAAGUGUAUUUUAUACUAAACCAAUGAAACUUAAAAAAGGAACACAAAUAGUAGAAAUUGAUUGCGGAAAUAUUAUAUUGACGAGUGAUGUAAAGAUACAAUUUUAUAAUCGUAAUUCCAAAGGACACAUGUUUUCAUUUUGUUUCCAUACGGCAUUUGUCGAUGGCAGCAGCAUGCUGAUUCGCAGACUCGAGAUUGACAAGGCUCACAAGGAUGCCACACACAAACAUUUCCAUCAAAACUUUACCAUUGAAUUGGUAUUUUGUGAGGAUUUAGAUGACCUAGUCGAUGAGGAUGAAUUUAUUUCAGAUGAUAAUAUUUCAACCAAUUCAUUAACUUCAUCAAAUAGCAAUAAUAAUAAUCAAACAAAAGAAAAUAAUAAUAAUAAUAAUAAUAAUACUAAUCAUCAUCAUCAUAAUAAUAAUAAUCAUUAUGAACCAAAUUCAACACCUGUAGCAACAACUACAUUUUCAACUGGUUUGGCUAAAUUAUAUUCUGGCGCACCCAAAUCAGAUUUAUUCAAUAAGAAUCAUACAGGAUCAUCUUCAGAAACUCAACCCGAUUCACCUAAAAGAGGAACUCUAAGAUCCAGUAAUAAUCAACAACAACAACAACAACAACAACAACAACAACAACAACAACAACAGGAAAGAAAAGUAUCAGCAAGCCAACAACUAUUGACUUGUCCAAAAUGUCAUCUAUUAAUUUCGGCAGAAGAUGCCUCUAUCAACGACGAUUGUUUAUUCCAACAAGGUGGAGAAAUGUUAUGUAUUGAAUGUAGUAGUGGAGAUAAAGGAGGAUUCUUUAAUAUGUGCGCAGCUUGUAAUCAAGUUAUUAAAACAUCUGAUUUUGAAGAGGUUGGAGAGGUUUUAUUCCAUCAAUCAUGCUUCCUUUGUCAUCUUUGUGAUGCAUUCCUCUCUGGUAACAAAUUUAUUAUCAAACCAGACAAGAGAUUAGAAUGCACAAAGUGUCUUGAAAAGAAUAGGCAUAUUCAUCAAGCUACUAAAAAGAUUUCUCUAAAAGAAGAAGAAGAAAAAGAACCAAUUAAACAAAAAGAAGAAGAAGAACAAGAAGAAAAGCCAUCAGAGGUAGUGGUGGUGGCAGCAGCAGAAACAUUGUCACCAGUAUCACCAGACAUUUCCCCAUCCUCUGAUAAUGAUGAGGAUGAAGAUGAUGAUGAUGAAGAUGAUGAUGAAACCAAAGAUUUUGUAAUUACCAAAGUACAUACCAGUUCAAUGGAAGAACGUAGAAGUUCAAUCAUCAAGUGCCAAAAAUGUUUACAAAGUGUUGGAUUACGUCCCAUUAUUUUAGAUAUUGGUGUAUGGCACAAACAUUGUUUCUCAUGUUCACUUUGCGAUAACCUUAUCGAUACUUCAAUUUACUUUAUCAAAGAUGAAAAACCAAUUUGUUGUGAAUGUGAUAAAAAGGAUAGAGCGUCACAACAAGAAUAUUUUUGUUGUUCUUGUAAAUUACAAAUUAAAGAUGAAAUGAUGGAAGCAUUGGGAGAAAAAUGGCAUGUACAUUGUUUGGUGUGCGUUGUUUGCAAAUGCCAGAUUGAUGGUCCAUUUGGAGACAAUAAUGGAUUUAUUUAUUGUAAAGAACAUUAUGAAGAAAUGUUUGGAACAAAAUGUGAUGAAUGUCAAUUAUUGAUUGUUGGUACAUUUUUAAAAGUUGGAACCAAACAAUUACAUUCACAUUGUUUUAAAUGUACAAAUUGUAGUAUUAUAUUAGAGGGUGGAAGAUAUUUUAGUAAAGGAGAAUGCGUAUUUUGUGAGGAUUGUAGACACACUGAUAUUUUAAAGAGAAAGACACAAAUCCAAAUGCAAAUGAUUGGCAUUCGAAACUCUGUACAUAGUCUAUCAACAUCACCUAGCAGAUCGUCAUCACCACCAAUUGAUUCGCCACCUCAAUCGUCGGUGCUCUUCCAUCAACGAUUCGAUCCCACUAGACAAUCGGUGCGUAUCAAUCUCAAUGACCUCCACCUACAACGAUCUUGGGAGCAAAACAAACCCGACAAGGGACGUGCUGGUCUCCACAACUAUCCAUCAUUCCAUCGUCAAAUGCAAAAGAAUAUCAACAACAACAAAACAUUUAAACCUGCUAAUCCUAAAAAAGUUGGAACUCUAAGAAGAGACUUUUUACAACAAAACCAACAAAUAUUUCAAAAUACAAUAUAG